GUCCUUUCGUUCGUCCUCAGUGCAGGAUAACGAAACGUAGUUUUGGAACAGUAGCUAUAUGAACUAUUAAGAGUAUUAUAUUUACAAUAAAACAGCCGCUGAGAUCUUUCCAAGACAAUCUUGCUUUUUUUUAAGCUUAGUUGUGAGAAGGUGAUCCGAAGCAUAUCGAGGCUUGGACAAUCGUUAGAAGGAUGGAGACUAUAAUUCGUCGCUGCCCGUUCCUGUCCCGUGUUCCCCAGGCCUUCUUCCAGCAGGCCCGGAAAUCCCUGGUGGUCUAUGCCCAGAAAUGUCCUGUGAUGAUGGACCUCGCUUCCAAGCCUCUGGCCCGCUCUCUCUGUUCCUCACCGGCUAGCUUCCAGAAAGCGGAUGACACCGUGACUUCAGCUCAGACAUCAGCCGAGAAGGGUAGGGGAUCUUGUGACACGGUGACUUCAGCUCAGACAUCAGCCGAGAAGGUAGCUGAUGGAGGCACCACCACCACCAAGCUGCCUCAGAGCCACCCCCUUCCCAAGCCCCCCUCUGGCCAGACCUCGGUGGCCUCCAAGUGCCCCUUCCUGGCGGCUGAGAUGGGCCAGAACAGCAGUGUGGUGCGCCAGGCCAGCCUCCAGCUGCAGGAGGACGUGCAGGAGGUCCGCACCGUUCAGAAAGAUGUGACCCCAGCCCAGGCUCUGGCCAGUAGUUCCUCCUCAAAGUCUGGAGGUCUUACCCGAACCGAUCUGAUGAAGAAGCUGCUGAAUCAACGUCCAACCAGGGUGUCCCAUUUACUGCAGGAGAACAUGCCCAGCUUCUCUAACUUCCGCUACGAUGAGUUCUUUGAGAGGAAAAUUGAGGAGAAGAAGAGUGAUCACACGUACCGUGUCUUUAAGACGGUUAACCGGCGAGCCACGGACUUCCCCAUGGGUGACGACUACACCGAUUCCCUUAGCGACAGGAGAGACGUGUCUGUGUGGUGCUCCAAUGACUACCUGGGCAUGAGCAGACACCCGCGGGUCGUCAACUCCAUCACGGACACGUUGCGUAAGCACGGCAGUGGGGCUGGAGGAACCAGGAAUAUCUCUGGGACCAGUAAAUUCCAUGUGGAGCUGGAACAGGAACUAGCAGACCUCCACAGGAAGGACGCUGCGCUACUCUUCACUUCCUGCUUCGUAGCCAAUGACUCCACCCUGUUCACCCUGGCCAAGAUGGUACCAGGCUGUGAAAUAUAUUCUGAUGCAGGGAAUCAUGCCUCAAUGAUCCAGGGCAUCAGGAACAGCGGAGCCAAGAAAUUCGUAUUCCGUCACAAUGACCCCGACCACUUGAGAGAGCUGCUACAGAAGUCAGACCCGUCCACUCCAAAGAUCGUAGCCUUCGAGACGGUCCACUCCAUGGAUGGUGCGGUUUGUCCUCUGGAUGAGUUGUGUGAUGUGGCCCAUGAGUUUGGAGCCAUCACGUUUGUUGACGAGGUCCAUGCGGUGGGGCUGUACGGCGCCAGGGGAGGGGGUAUCGGGGACCGAGACGGCAUCAUGCACAAGAUGGACAUCAUCUCUGGAACACUGGGCAAGGCGUUUGGCUGUGUUGGAGGCUACAUCGCUAGUACCGCCGCCCUGGUGGACACGGUGCGUAGUUACGCUGCAGGCUUCAUAUUCACCACGUCUCUGCCUCCCAUGCUGCUGGCGGGCGCCCGCGAGUCCAUCCAGACCCUUAAAGGGGAGGAGGGCCGCGCCCUCCGGAGGAAACACCAGCGCAACGUCAAGCUGCUGAGACAGAUGCUCAUGGACUCCGGACUGCCCGUCGUCCACUGUCCCUCUCAUAUCAUCCCUGUCAGGGUGUCUGACGCGGAGAAGAACACGGAGGUCUGUGACGUCAUGAUGAGCCGUUACAACAUCUACGUCCAGGCCAUCAACUAUCCCACGGUCGCCCGGGGGGAGGAGCUUCUUCGCAUCGCCCCCACGCCGCACCACACCCCCCAGAUGAUGACUCACUUCGUCGAGAAGCUGGUUCAGACGUGGAAGGAGUCCGGUCUACCUCUGAAGCCCCAUUCUUCGGCAGAGUGUAACUUCUGCCAGCAGCCGCUGCACUUUGAGCUGAUGACUGAGCGAGAACAGUCUUACUUCAGAGGCCUGAGCCACCCCAUAUCAGCUCACGCGGGAUGACACUACAGAAUACACUCAACCCAUUCCUCUCGUCUUAGUCCCAAAUCACUCUUCCCUCAGCCCUACAUUUUGAGCUUUCACUUGCACCUUCGCCAUAUGCACGACUGUCCCAAAGCUGAGGGAUUAAAAAAAGUAUCAAGGGUUUUAAGGAGAUAAUUAGACACUCUGUGAUAGCCACUUUGACCAAGCCUGUGUUUGGAGUUUACGCAAUUUCAUACAAAAAAAUGAAAAGGCCUAAUUAUCUACAAUGUGCAUUUGUUUGUCUAAUUGUCAAAGCUUGACACAUGUAACAAAUGGAAUUACCUCCCAAAUUAAAAAUGUAACUUAUCUUGUGAAAGGACACAGGGGAAUUUGUUUAAUUUUAGAAUUUCAUGUUUGUUUUAUUUAGAAUGGCUAACAGGAAUUGCAUCAUUCAAGUCAGAAGUGUGUGCUUGAUGGGUUUUAUUGAUCCCCCUCGACACGCUCCGGAAGUCACCCUCUGAGUUCAAAACCACUGGGAACUCGGAAAUAUUCGACUUCCGACAUCAGUUCGUUCAAGACACCUGGGAACUUGAAGAAGGGGGGGAAAACUGCUCCCACUGGGGGGGGAAACUGGUUUUGAAACGGUAAUCCAACUCAGAAUUCCAAAUCAGAAACUCUGGCAUCUUUCUAGAAUUCGUAACUUUCUCACCUGAAGAUCACUGACGUCGUGGUUUGACCUCGUUCCCAGUUGUCUUGAAAGCAGUGUUAUUCCCUUUUUAUAGUCCACUACUGGUGACCAGGGACCACUACUGGUGACCAGGGACCACUACUGGUGACCAGGGACCACUACUGGUGACCAGGGACCACUACUGGUGACCAGGGACCAUCGUGCUCUGGUUAAAAGUAGUGUCCUGCAUAGAUUGUCUAUAUCCCUCAAACUCAACUCUGGACCAAGAAACCAGUUUCACUGCAUUUUUUCCCCCCAUUGUUCCCCUCUAUUCAGGGACUGAUUUACACCCUGGACACCAGGUAGGUGCAAUUAAGUAUCAGGUAGAACAGAAAACCAGCGGUCUCGUAGGAUAAGAGUUGAAUACCGUCGGUCUAUAUGGUUUAAAUACAUUUGAGUAAAAUAAGUUGAACGUUAUGUGUUAUUGUCAUCUCUUGCCAUGAAAGACUCGAGUCCUCUGAUUUGAAGUACUAACCCAAUAAGGAGUUUAUAACUCUAAGGGCUGGUUUCCCAGACACAGCUAUUGUAGCUAUUUACGCAGGCAGCCCAAUUCUGAUGUUUUUUUAAAUUUAUUUUUUACACUAAUUGGUCUUUUGACCAAUCAGAUCAGCUCUGAAAAAGAUCUGUUGUGAUUGGUCAAACUAAAAAUGUGUAUGUAAAAAACAAUAUAUAACAAAAAAUAUUUAAAAAAUGACAGUAUUGGGCUGCCUGUGUAAAUGCAGCUUUAGCGAGCCAUAUGAGAUGCUCUGUUGACAAUGAAUCUUAGUCCAAGGCUAGUGUUUAGGUUCUAAUUCUCAGAGUAAAAAAAACACUAUGGACAUUUAUGAAAGCUUACCCAAGUUUCAUUCUUCCCAGAGUGUCAAUACAGCUUCAUUCAGACACCACCGUGUGUGUGUAUAUAUACAGUGCCUUGCGAAAGUAUUCGGCCCCCUUGAACUUUGCGACCUUUUGCCACAUUUCAGGCUUCAAACAUAAAGAUAUAAAACUGUGUUUUUUUUGUGAAGAAUCAACAACAAGUGGGACACAAUCAUGAAGUGGAACAACAUUUAUUGGAUAUUUCAAACUUUUUUUAAAUGUAGGCACUCCACCUUCUUUCUAAUCCUUCCAUAUUUUAUGGUUCCACAGGAAGAGGAAGUGAUUGGGUAAUAAACAAUUGUUUCUCCCUUAA